CUCUUUUCUGAGAAUUCCAGAGAAAAAAAAACCUAGUGAUUUUCGGAAGGGUCAACAAUGGCGAAACUGAAGGUUGCAGGGGCGUGGUCGGGGAUGGUAGAGGUCGAGCUCGACAAAUGGACUGUGCGCAUGUUAAGGAAAGAAGUGGGUAAGCGAUCAGGUCUCGAUCCCGGUUCGAUCAAAAUAAUCUUCGCCGGUAAAAUCCUGUCCGACGGCGACGGCGACGGCGACGGAGCUCCGUCGCUUUCCCAGUUGGGUAUGAAGGAAAACGCCAAGAUCCUCUCAAACUGUAAAAUCUGUUUUAUUUUUUACCGUUUUCUGGCCGAACAUGUACGGUCUCGACGCCUCGCUCGAGUGAAAGCUGCUGCUGCAGCAUUAACCGAGAGACAUGCCGACGGUUCAUUGCCACUCGAUGAUUAUAACAUAGAGCUUGAAGAUCAGAGAGGAGAGAAAGUACAGUUUGGAACGAAGACCGAUCAGAGUGCAGUGAUGAUGGGUCUUAUGCUACAUGCCAAGGCAAAGAAUUUUAUAAAAAAGGAGAAGUAUUCUGAUGCAUUGGAAGUUCUUGUCAUGGCAGAGGAAGCUUUGUUGCUCUGUGAUCCCAAGGUUAUCGAGCUCGUUGACAACGUCCCUAUAAUACAAAUAGACAUGGUAUGGUGCUAUUUCUUGCUCCGUGACCUCAAGUGGCUUUCAGAUGCUGGCCUUCGCCUUGAGAAAGCUCGAGAAGGACUCGAACGUUCUUACGGGAAAGACUUUUCCCGGGUGAGACUCCUUCAAGCGGGUCUAACUCCCGAAUUGGCAUUAUAUCUGAGACUAGAGUUACUGGAAGGUGUGGUGGCAUAUCACUCCGGUAAACUGGAUAAAGCUGCGAACACGCUGAGGUCUGCCCAUGCAAAAUUCUCACGGCUACAAGUGCCUGAUGAAGCAUUGUCCCAAGUCAUGAGCAUGGGCUUCAAUGAAAAGAACGCUAAGAGAGCGUUACGGCUAAACAGCCAAGAUGUCGGGACUGCCGUCGAAUUUCUCAUUGAAGAGAAGGCGAAAAGAGCUCAAAAGCGAAAAGAGAAUCUUCAGAGGCAAAAGGAAAUAAUGGAGCAGAAAAGGUAUGGAGUCACACCUUUGAAGAAAGCUGUAGAUAUGCAGAUGCUCAACAGAUUGGCUUCUAUCGGUUAUGCAAGGGAUCUUUCGGCAGAAGCCCUUCGAAGAAAUGAAAACGACUUCCAGAAAGCUCUCGAUGCUCUCACAACCCCGGAUGUCAAUUCGGAAAUACAGGUUUACAUUGAAUCGAGGAAGAGAAAAAGGCGGGAACAACUGCUCGGAGUAACAGUAGACCAGCUCGUUUCAAUGGGGUUCGAACAAUCAAUCGCAAUCUCUGCUUUGGAGGCGGGCGGUAACCGAGAAGAAAUCCUCGAACGGUUACUGUCUUUGCAGCAAGCGAACCCGCAAGUCGCCUCUUUUCUUAGCGCAGCUUUGAACAGUACAAACCCCUCUGGUGGUAGGAAUAGUCUCGGGCUCAGGUCAGGAGAAGGGGAAGGCACAUCUAAUGAAUCCGGGGGCGGUGUAUCAGACGAAACUGGUUAUGACAACGCUAUAGAACGGGACGCCGAGAUGGAAGAUGAGUUAACAGAAGACGUUGCACAGAUCGAUGCGUUAUCGGCUUACGAUAUCGAUCUUACCAGAGAAGGCGAUGCUAUAAACGAGUACUUGAGCAUGUUGGCUUCUACAAAUUCUUGUUAGGAAAGGUGAGACAAAAGGGAAUGAUAGCUCUCAUGUCCAUAAAAUGUUAAUGCAUAAGAUAAGAUGAUGUUCGAAUUUACACACCUUUUUCUAAUCUAGCUCUCAUGUUUCUGAUU